AUGAUUCAAAAGACAGCUUCAAACACUACAAACGGUGCCUUCGAGCUGAACACCGGAGGACACAUACCAGCCAUUGGGUUUGGAACAUGGAAGAGCAAGCCCGAAGAUGCCUAUAUCUCGGUGAAGACCGCGUUGCAAGUUGGGUACAGACACAUUGACACUGCUUUUAACUAUGGCAAUGAAGCUGAGGUUGGAAAAGCCAUCAAAGAUAGUGGCGUACCGCGAGACGAAAUAUUCCUGACCACAAAGCUCUGGAGCACCUACCAUACUCGUGUCGCAGAGAACCUUGAACUCUCCCUACAACGACUUGGAGUUGAUUAUAUCGAUCUGUAUCUGGUGCACUGGCCCGUCGCUAUGAAUCCACAUGGCACACCGCCUAUGUUCCCUUUGCUUCCGGACGGCACUCGAGAUCUGCAGCAUGACCGACAUUUUGCAGCGACAUGGCGAGACCUCGAAGCGCUGCAGAGUACAGGCAAAGUGAGAGCCAUAGGUGUCGCCAAUUUCGACGUGCACAACCUCGAGGUUCUGCGUAAAGAAUGCACCGUCACUCCGGCCGUGAAUCAAGUCGAACUCCAUCCUUACCUCCAGCAGCGGAAGCUGAAGAAGUACUGCAAAGAGAGGGGCAUUCAUGUCACGGCGUACUCCCCGCUCGGUUCCACCGACUCUCCGCUCAAAACCGAAGGUGUUGUAAAAGACAUUGCCGCGGAGCAUUCGUGCGAUCCUUGCGCUGUCUUGCUGGCAUGGGCAUUACAGUCGGGCCACAGUGUCAUUCCGAAGUCCAUCACUCCCUCGCGUAUCAAAAGUAAUCUGCAGGCCGACUCGCUCACACUAUCCGAGGAGGACACGAGGAAGAUAGAUCAACUUGAAAAAGGCCAGCGUUAUUGCAACCCACCAUGGGGCGUUACCGUGUUUCAUGAUGAAUAA